AUGGUCACAGCUCGUGUUAAGCCCUUCAUCGAAUUUAUUAUACUUAAACAUUUAAUAGUACGCGGAGGUUCAAUCGUCAAAGACGUGCGCUUCAAUCGGUUGGAAAAUGUAAUUUUUGUAUAUUUUUGUGUUGUGCUAUUUGUGUGUGCGUGGCUGUACUGGUUGUGGACACGGCGAAAGUACUACGCCUUAAUAUUUAAACUACCAGGACGGAUGGGUUAUCCCCUUGUUGGUGUGGCGCUUGAGUUAGCUAAAUAUGAACCCUUGGAAGCGGUACACAAAUACACUGAAACAUUUGGCCCAUUGAGGUAUGUAUGGAUGCUUACAUAUCCGAUAUUGCUUAUAAGCGAACCGGAUAUUAUCCGUGAUAUAUUAACAUCGCCUUGCUGUACAAAUAAAAAUGACUUCUAUAAAUCGAUUGCCAUAGGUGUUGGUAAAGGAUUAUUUUCUUCCAAAGAUCCAGAAUGGAGCGUUCACAGGAAACAUUUGAAUCCUGCGUUUGGUUUUAAAAUAUUACAGAGUUUUAUGCCGAUCUUCAAUGAGGAGGUGAAUAAUCUUGUAAAUCUGUUCAAAGAAAUCAAUGAAUGUCAGAAUGUGGUAACUUUGUUGCAGGAUUUUACAUUGAAUGUCGCCAUAAGAACAACAAUGGGAGUUAAUUUCGCCCAUGAGUUUGGAUCUGAAUCAAAUAGUGCUAUAACCAAAGGCUAUCAGUGGAUUCGGAGGUUAUUGGGUGUGUACGAGCCAUUCCACUCCAGCAAUGAAGAAAAUCGCAAGUUUAUUAGGAAGCUCAUAAACAACAAACUAAAUGGAAAUGAUGGCACUAAUUUGAAUCAAGGAAAGUCAAAGAAUAGUAACAUUUUUAUUGAUCAAGCCAUUGAACUUAUGAGAAACAAUAUCUUUGCAGAGCAGGAUGUGGAAAACGAAUCAAAUACAAUUGUUCUCGGGGCUUUCGAGACGACGGCUAAUACAAUUGGAUAUGUUCUUAUUCUGCUUGCAAUGUUCCCGGAAUAUCAACAAAAAGUCUACGAGGAACUACUAACCAUUUUUCCAGAUGGAGGAGAAUUUGAGGUGACCUAUGCUAAUACUCAAGAUAUGACCUAUAUGGAUAUGGUUAUCAAUGAAUCUAUGCGUGUACUGACUCCUGUACCUUUCGUAGGUCGUGAGAAUUCACACGACAUCGAGCUAUCCAAUGGAAUAGUUAUACCAGCGGGAGUAAACCUUUUAAUUAACAUUUUUACCACGCAUAGACGUAAGAAUUUGUGGGGACCCAACGCUGACCAGUUUGAUCCCGACCAUUUUUUGCCUAGUAACAUGGAAGGCAAACAUCCGUAUGCAUUUAUUCCCUUUACAAAGGGAAUUCGGAACUGUAUAGGAUGGAAAUAUGGUCUAAUGUCUACGAAAGUAACUUUGGCAAAGUUAUUAAGGAAUUUCAAAUUUUCCACCGACUUUCAAUACGCUGAUUUGGAAUUUGAUUAUGCAAUUGUUCUGAAGUUAAAGCAUACUCCCGUUUUGAGAAUUGAAAAUAGAUAA